AUUUUGCUGCCGUGGGACCACCAGAUGUCCUGCGGUAGCCUGUCCCCCACAGAAGGACCUGCCUGCCUUAGCCAGCCCGUCCUCCCAGGCAUCCUGCCAGUGAUGGCCUCGACGCCCCAGUGAGGGGCAAAAGGACGAGGAGCAAUUCCCCCCAACACCGCCACGUCCCCCGGGAGAGCCAUGGAGGCCCCCCUGGACGUGCCCGUAGGGAACCUCAUCGACUUUGAUGCCGAAAUGCCCACCUGCAUCCCCUCGGAGCCCUCUCCUCCCGCUGCUCCCAGCGGCAACGGGCACCUGGGGGACGUGGAGGACGUGGCUGGGGAGGAGAGCGAUGCCACCGAGUCGGCGGACAGUGAGAAUGACAUGGGUGACUCUCCCAGGCGCUGGGGUGGCUACCGCCGCUCCUCCUCCAACGAGUCCUUCUCCUCCAGCCAGAGCACCGAGUCGGCCCGGGACGAGGCGACGGCCGAGUGCCGGGAGUUCAUGCGGCACUACGUGGAGAAGAUCUUCACUGGGGGAGAGGAUUUGGACCAAGAAGAGAAGGCCAGGUUUGGUGAGCUCUGCAGCAGCGAGAACGGGAAGGGCAGGGAGUGGUUUGCGAGAUACGUGAGCGCCCAGCGCUGCAACUCCAAGUGCGUCUCGGAGCAGACCUUCUACCGCCUGAUGCAGUCGUUCGCCCUCGUGCUGUUUGAGUGUCACCAGAUGGAUGACUUCAGCCCUGCCAAGAACCUCAUGACCAUGUGUUUCACCUACUACUACGUGGGCAAGACCCAAGCGCUGCCCUUGGAGGCCAAGGAGAAGCCCAUGGGCAGCAUCGACUCGUACCUGAAGUCGGCAAACAGUUGGCUGGCGGAGAAGAAGGACAUCGCGGAGCGGCUGCUGAAAAACACGUCGGCCAAGACAGAGAACGUCAAGGGCUUCUUCGGGGGCCUGGAGACCAAACUGAAGGGUCCUACCACCAAAAAGAGCGACGAAGGUGAGGACAAACCAAAGGAGAAGCUGAAGAAGAUGGUUUCUGUGCAGAGCCCAGAGGAGGAGAAGAAAGGAGAGAAGAUCUACCUGUACAUGCACCUCAAGCAGCAGCCGAUCUGGCACAACCUGCGGUUUUGGAACGCCGCUUUCUUCGAUGCCGUGCACUGCGAGCGCAGGAAGCGGUCCCCCACCACCAGAGGGAACACUGGGGAGGAAGAGGAGAAGAGGGAGAAGUGGUGCCACAUGACGCAGGAGGAGCGUGACGACAGCCUCCGCUUCAACGAGAACAUCACCUUCGGGCAGCUGGGCACCUUCAUUCACAACAUGCUGGCGUUCGGCCUGAACAAGAAGCUCUGCAGCGACUUCCUGAAGAAGCAGGCGACCAUCGGCAAUUUGGAUGAAGAGCAAUACAAGCUGCUCAGCGACCACAUCGAGCAGAUGGCCACCGAAUAGCCGCCUGGCCGGCACGCUGCGGCAGAGAGACGGCAGCCGGAGCGGGUGGGGAGGAGAGAGAAACCCACCUCUGGGGUUACCUGAAACUGAAGCUGGGCUACUUAAAAAAAAAAAUCACACACACAAGCUGCAAUAAAACCUGCAUGAUCAUCCACCAAACUUUAGAGCUGCACCAGGGCAGCCUGUAGAAAUAGGAGCCAAACAGCCCCCUGCCCCUCGCCAGACCCUCCCGCAUCUAUUUUCAGAGUAGACAGUCCCAAAAGUGUAUUUUGUCAGCUAAAAAAAACAAACAAAAAACAAGAGAAAAGCAAAAAGAGAGCGACUGCCGCAGCCCGCAGGUGUGUUUAUGAGAGCUGGAUCGCUGUGUCUCCAGCCCCCUCCGUGAAACGCUGCCUGUGGUCUUCGGUGUUUCAUAGCACAAUGGCAGUGGGUGCAGAGCUGCCAAACGCGUUUGCUGCUCGGUGCCUUUCCGAGGCUGCCCUGGACAGUGGUAAAUCCGGAGGAAUCCAAGGCUGCGAGCCUCCUGCCGCCUUUCCCCGCCUGCGUCCGCUGGGCGAGCACAACGGAGGCUGGAGCUGGACCAGGGAUGUGGGAGAUGAUGGCAGGGACCGCAUCCAGCCGCUGAGGCCGCAUCCAGCCACCGAGGGAAGCCACUGCCGGGGGAGAGCAGCCGGCUCUGCCUCCAGUUUGACCCAUCUCCCUCCAUAGUGAGGCACCGGGCGUUCGCAGCACAUGGGUUUGUCCUGGCAAUGCAGGAGCUGGCUGCUGAGGAUGGUGAUGGGAUGCAGCAGCCCAUGGGAGGCUCUGGGUCAGUCUGGCAACAGGUUGUGUUGUGUUGUGUCGUGUAUCCAGGGAUGUCACCACCGGCCGGGGACAUGGGCACUGCGGGGGCUUGCUGGGAGCAGAGAUGGGGCUGGCGAAGUGCUGCUGCCUUCCUCGGUAUAAGGCUCCUUGGGAGCUGGAGGGAAAUCCUUCCCUUGGGAAACCUUCCCUGUGCUGCCUGUGUGGUUUUGUACCUCUGGGCAGAGAGAAAACACGUUUUGCUCCAUAUCAUUAGCCUGGAUCAGCAGGAAAAAAGCCAUGGCCUUGAGCGGGAUUGCGGGGAGAGGAGGCAGAGGAGCAUCGCAUGAAAGCAGCUUGGGAGGAGGUAGCAAAGCAGCAGCGAGACAGAUUCCCCCUGCACCCACUCCCUGCUGCAUCAUCAACGUUGGGGCUGCCGCUGGCUUGCAGCAUUUCCCAAAGCCUCCUGGCUUCCCGCAGCGGCCGUGAUAUUAGAUUAAUCGCCCUCCUUCCCCGGGCUGCAGCUCGCUGCCCUCUCCUUCCCCAGCCCCUUCGCUUCAGCUGACCAUCAAUCAAACCUGAAAUAGCCCUGUCUUAAGUACAUCUCCUAUUCUGCUCGAGUGAUGGCAGCUACCCGUUACGCAGCGUAUCUGGUUUUUCCCCGCAGACCUUGGCACGGUGUUUGCAGAGAGGCUGGGGACAUGGGGACAUCGCUGCUCCCCUCCGCACGGCGCAUCCCUGCUCCGAUGGGACCCAGUUGGCUCUGCCCAUGGGGUCAGAAAACCCCAACCCCAAGCAGCCAAGGGUCCAGCACUCGGUCUCACCCCAAAAGCAUUGUUCUGAAACGUCAAUCCAGGUUUCAAGGGACCAUCAGUCCAUUUUUCCCCAUGCUGUCAGCUGUAUCCCAUAAGAUAAAUAACGUAACGAGUUUUUUUCCACGUAGCUUUUAAUUUCUGGUGUCAUUUCCUAGCCCCCAAAAUCGAUGCUUUGACCUAAGCUGGGCUUCCCUUGCUGCUAGGGCUGGGAUUCUGCUCCACGCUGGGUCUCGUAGGAAGGAUCGGAUCCAGCACUGGCUUUCCUUUGGCCAUUCCCAAACCUGGGCAGUGUUAC